AUCAGUCGCCAAGCUCCUGGCAGAAAAGAUGUUGUUAUAAAUCGUGAGGCAGAUGGUUCAAAAAAGAAAGUUCAAGCUCGGCACCUCAAUAUGUGUAUCAUUGAAGUGCACGCACUUUUCAAGGACGCUAACCCAAGUACUAAGAUCGGAAAAAGUAAAUUUGCUGAGCUGAGACCUAGGCACGUUCUUCUGAGCAGUCAACUACCUCGAAAUGUGUGUCUUUGCAAGUAUCACAAAAAUUUCAUUAUGGCUGUGAACAGUCUUAAUAAAGUAAUUCGUAUUUUCCCGCCAUACGAUAACGAUCUUCCUGAAAAAUUCCUCUGUCAGUCUGUCACGGAAAAAUGCUGGUUCAACGAAUGUCCCACCUGUAAAGACGCAAAGAUGCUCAGAAGUAUGUUUUCUUUUGAAGAGGUAGAGCCAGUUACCUGGCAUUUUUGGAAGAAAGAUGGCGAUGAUAAAUUGUGCAAGAUGGUCAUGGAAGGCACUACAGAUGAUCUGUUUAAUCAUAUCUGCUCUGAGCUACCAGCAUUCUUAAAGCAUUGUUAUAUAAAGCGGUGUUACGCGAAGAGCUAUCAAAUGGAACGAGAAGCUGCUGGAAGUGAAAAUUUUGACAAGGCACAUGCUAUGAUGCAAGUGGACUUCUCCGAGAAUUAUUCCUGCAUGUUUCAAGACGAGAUUCAAAGUGCUCAUUGGAAGCAAGACCAAGUCAGCCUUUUCACAGCAGCACUUUGGUUUAAUGGAGAGCUAAAUUCCAAAGUCAUUGCAUCAGAUAAUUUGGAUCAUGGAAAGGAUACAGUGGUUGCAUAUAAUGACUAUUUGCUUGAUAGCCUUCCAACAACAGUGAAUACUGUCUCAAUAUGGUCUGAUGGUCCUUCAUCACAAUUUAAGAAUAAAUACAUCGCUGCAAUCAUAGAUAAACUGCAAGACAAACACCAAAUUACAAUCAUGUGGAACUAUUUUGCUACUUCCCAUGGGAAAGGACCAGUCGAUGGAAUUGGUGGUUCAGUAAAACGACAAGUGUGGACUGAUGUCAGCAGGAGAGCCUCUCUUGUAAUUGAUGCUACUUCUUUCACAGCAACCGCGAACAAAGUGUGCAAUGUGGAUGUGGUGGAGAUGACAUCUGAUGAUAUUGACAGCAGAAAUGCCAUUCUUAAUGUUGCAGAGAUGUUUGAGGAAGGUAUAAAAUCUGUCCAUUGCAUUCAUGUUAUAAAUUCAGUGGUACAUGUGCAUGCUACAACACAAGCGGCAAAGGACGCAAAUGUACAUCAAGCUCCAUCUGACUGUGAAAACUUUGAGGUGUCAAGUUGGUGUGUUGUCCCAUAUGAGGGUGAGCUGUUUCCUGGGGUAAUAAAGGCAGUUGUUGGUGACAGCUAUGAAGUAUCAGUCAUGGUUAAAACUGGUAGAUAUUGGACGUGGCCAAGAUAUGAGGACAAAAUUCUCUAUUCUCGUGACAAUGUACUGAGAGCAUUACGUCCACCACAGUUGGUAAAUUCACGAGACCACUAUGAUACCCAGAUUUCAACUACCUCAACAUUGAAUGAUGAAACAGUGUUGAUUAUGUAAAAAAAUGUUUGAAGAGUGAGUGAGAUAGACUGAUCAUGGUUUUGGUGACCAUUGUAAUUUACGAUUUAACAAUGACAGUUUUGUAACAUCAGUCACAUUGUUUUUCGUUGCUGCACCCCACUUUGCCUUAGAAAGUGAGUUUCUGUGUAUAAAUUUAUUAUAUUAAUAGAUGUUAUGAAUUUGAUAAACUAUGUUUGAAAACUUAAUCUUUUUACGUUUCAAGACAAAAUUUGAUUAAAUUUGGGUGCUAAA